AUGCCUUGGUCAGAACUUCACUCGGACGUCUUGGUGUUGAUUUUGAAGCGUUUAAGCUAUACAGAUUUCGCUCGUGCAAAAACCGUUUGCUCAGGAUGGAAAACCGCGUCGAGAUUCUGCUCUCCUAAGAAAAACCAAACCCCAUGGUUGAUUCUCCACGACCACGAAAGCAACGAGGGACGGUUCUUGAAACUGUACAAUCCGCAAGAAGAAAAGUUUUAUCGAACUGAAUAUCUAGGCGACUUCGCCAAAGAUCGUGUCUUGGCUACUUCGGGAGACUGGCUUCUGAUGUUAGACGAGGAAGCAGAUUUCUAUGUAUUGAACCCCUUCACGCGCGAGAUCAUAGAUCUCCCAUCUCUAGACUCAAACGCUACUGCGAAGUUCAAAAGAACUGGGAACUACACGUUCGACAUAAGUUACCUUCGGUACGGUGAAUGGUUCGAGGGAGGUUUCAGGGUAGGAGUUGGUAGUGCGGUUUUGUGGGUGGACGAAGUAACCAGAGAGUAUUUUGUUAGUUGGACAUUCGAUGAACACACAAUGGGAGGAGAUUACAUAGCUUAUUGCAAGACAGGAGAUGAGCAAUGGAGAGAGAUCCCGAGACGCGGUGGGUGUUUGGAUAUGGCGUUUAUGGACAACAAGCUUUACAUGUGUACUUUUAAGGGACGCAUCAGAAUCUUGGGUUUCGAUGAUUCCGGUUUAGCUAGAGACAUCAUAAACCAUCCAUACACUCUUCCCUUUGAGCCUGUCUGUCGGGAUAUCUCAAGAAAUCCACGCAGUUGUCCCUUCGUGGUGAAUAGUAUGGCUCAUGUCAAGGUUGGAAUCAGACUUAGUGUCUCGGGAGAUGUUCUGAUCAUACUGCGUGUGCGGUCUGGUGAAAGAAAUCUGUUUGUAAUGUAUAAGAUGGUUGGGAAUGAGUGGGAGCAAGUGUAUUCUUUGGAGGAAGAGGAAGCUCUGGUUUGGGAUUUGAAUGUUACUUUGCCUACCAAAGGCGUGACAGGAAUCAAGAAAGACUCCAUUUAUUUCUGUCAUGCUUUUAAGUAUCGUCGAGAAGUCGCUGCGUUUGUGAUGUCUACUCAGAGUCUCCAACCAUUUGAACAACCUGAGCUUCUGCUUGGAGAUGCUCGCUGGUUCCUUCCUUCUUUUUGUACUGCUGAGCAAUGA